CCAAGAAUUCUUAGCACCAUGUGACUGGAACUGCCUCUCUGCCGAGUACAGAAUAGGACCUCCUGCCAAGCUAAAAGCCAUGGCUCCCACACAGGGCGAUUCCAUCACGUUUCCAUGGUGCCAGCUGCUUCACUCUGAUUGGCGGAUGAAAAGAGCGUCGGAAGUUGGCGUCAGUGGCGAGCAGCUUACCCAGUUACCAGAAACAGGCAACUCCAGAACCUCCCGAUAUUCGUUCCAGUUUAACGAAGAAUAUUCGACGGAAGGACAGAGUGACGGCGCCGACGGCAUAGAUUCGCGGAUUUCGAAUAGUAUUCGGGAUAGCAGCGAGUGGAACUGUAACGAGGAUGGCUGGAUGCCGGCCAUCGUUCCUGGAACCGUGCUCACCAGCCUGGUUGCCAAUGGCAUGUUCCCGGACCCUCUCUAUGGCACCAACACACGGGACCUCGUCCCGGACAUAUUUCACGCGGGCAGGGACUUCUACACCUUCGUCUUCCGCCGCUGCUUCCACCUGCCUGCCCGGAAGAUUCCUGCGUUAAUGUGCUCUCCGUCUCAGCUGCGUGACAAUCAGACAGCCGCUCUUGCUGCUGCUGCUGGUGCGGACAAGGGGUGCUGUAGCAGGGGUGGCAAUAGCGAGCGUGGGUGGGAGUGCUGCGAGUGGGAGCGUGUGUGGCUGUGCUUCCGUGGCGUCAACUAUUCUCUCUCAGUCUUCCUCAACGGCCGCCAGCUCAGCAUCGACCGGCCAGCUGGCAUGUUCUUGCGGCGCCAGCUAGACAUAACUGACUUGGCGAGGAGGGGGGACAGCAACAAGUUCGGUUGCAUUAGCAACGGAUCUACCAGCAACGGCUGUAGCAACAGCGGCUGUGGCAGCAGCGCCUGUAGCAGCAGCAACUGUAGCAGCUGCAGCAGGAACCACGUGGCGGUGUUGGUGAAUCCGGUGGAUCACCCGGGGAACGUGGAUGGGGGAGGGCAGGGCGGGGACCACCAGGUGGCUAAGGAUGUCACAGCACAAUACGUGGAGGGCUGGGAUUGGAUCAUUCCCAUCCGGGACCGCAACACAGGCAUAUGGGACAGGGUGCACGUGGCUGUCACUGGGCCCGUGACCCUGGGAGACCCCCAUCUGGUGGCUGUGUUUGGAUUCAGCGAUGAUAGGCCCGAGGGGGUGGUGGGUGGGAGAGGACGGGAGGAACGGGAGGAACGGGAGGAAGGGCAGCAGCAGGAGGCAGGCCUCGGCAGAGGAUCAAGCAACCCUUCGCCUGUCGCCAGCAGGGCAUGGAAAUUCUCACCUUCUCCUUCCUCCUCCUCUGCUCCUGCUCCUGCUCCCCCUGCUGCUGCUCCUCCCGCCCCUCCCUUCUCCCCCUCCUCCGCCUCCCUCCACUGCUCCCUCGCUCUCACCAACUCUCUCCCUCUGCCCCUCCGCACCCGCCUCUCCCUCGAGCUCUCAUUCACACCAGGGACAUGUAGGGGAGUGGAGAGGGGAUGGGGGAUGGAGGGAGGUGGGAGGACUCGUGGGGGUGGGGAAUGGGAGGAGGAGGAGGAUGGGGAGGGAUUUGUGAUGGUGGAAGGGGUGAGGGAGGAGGAGGUGGAGGUGCCUGCAAACAGCACCGUGACUCACACAUUCCAGCCGCUACUCGUUUCUCGCCCUCGCCUCUGGUGGCCCAACGGCAUGGGUCCCCAGUCCCUGUACGACGUCACCAUCACUGCGUCCGCGCUGCACCCGCCCACUUUGGCAUCCCCACGAGAGCGUGCUGACGGGCGCAGCACGGAUGCAGCAGCACACAGCAGGGAAGCAGCAGCACACAGCAGGGAAGCAGCAGCACACAGCAAGGAAGCAGCAGCACGCAGCACGGAAUCAGCAGCUCCACAAGAAUACACUGAUGGGCGCAGCACGGAAGCAGCAGCCGCACCAUUACCGCACACCGCCACGGCAGCCUCCCUCUCUCCUUUACCAACAUCGACCCCUGUGUCCUGGAGCCAGUUUCUCUCGCAGAAGCUGACCUCCGGCCUUAGCAAGGGGAAGCAUUACCUGGAAGCGAGCCUUGGGAGGGAGGCGGGUGUGGAAGAAGGGGAGGGGACACGGGGGGAGCGUGAAGGGGAGGGGAGGUGGGUGCAGAGCGACGUGUGGAGCAGCAAGUUUGGGUUCCGGCAGAUCGACAGCUACGUUGAUGCCGGGACUGGUGGCAGGGUUUUUUUUGUUAACGGCUGCCCGCUGUUCGUGCGGGGCUCCAAUUGGAUCGUCUCAGACGCAUUGCUCCGGCUCUCGGCAGAGCGCUACUGGGCAGAGAUGAGACUUUUUGCGUGUGCCCGGAUCAACAUGAUUCGCGUGUGGGCGGGGGCACUCAUGGAGCGGCCUGAGUUUUACGACGCCUGCGACCAGCUUGGCAUCCUGGUGUGGCAGGAGUUCUGGAUAACAGGAGACUGCAACGGCAGGGGCAUACCGCCCUCUGACCCCGACUGGCCUCUCGACCACGACCUGUUCUUGGCCUGCGCUGCUGACAGCGUCAAGAUGCUCCGCAACCACGCCAGCCUGGCGCUGUGGGUGGGCGGCAACGAGACUGUGCCCGCUGCUGACAUCAAUGAUUCCUUGAAGGGCUUGCUGCGCCCAUGGGAUGCCAAAUCCGAUCCAGACCCCUCGUUGCUCCUGGAUGGUUCAAGGGCUUAUAUCGAGGGCUCCCUAUGGGGUGGCUUUGCUGACAGCAAGGGGGGCUGGACGGACGGCCCGUAUGGCAUUCAGAACCCCGAAGAUUUCUUCUGUCCGGAUUACUACCCGUACGCGUUUAACCCUGAGAUCGGGUCUGUUGGGGUGCCCGAGGCCGAGAGUUUGCGCGAGUUUCUGCCCGAGAGCGACUGGUGCCCGCCAAAGUUCGGGAGGAGGUGGGAGGAGUGUGGGGGUGAGUGUGUGGAGGAGGAGAGCGAGGGAUGGAGGGUGCACACGUACAUACCGUAUGGCAUGGAGGCAGUGGGGACGAAGGGAGGGGAGGAGGGGGAUAAAGGACCGAGGGGGUUAAUGCGAGUGAGGAGUGGGGGAGGAGUGGAAGCGGCGAUCCAGCAGGCUGCGGUUUUCAGUGGCGCCUGGAAACGAGGGUCAACACAUGUGAAGAACCAGAUCCUUACGUAUGGAGACAUGGAUGGGCUUGACGACUUCUGUGGCAAGGCCCAGAUCGCCAACUAUCUGCAAUACCGCUCGCUGUUCGAGGCAUGGAAUUCGAGGAUGUGGCGGCCCUACACGGGCGUGCUGCUGUGGAAGGGGCAGAACCCGUGGGGGGGGCUCAGAGGUCAGCUGUACGACCACUUGCUGGUGGCCACUGGGGGACUGUACGGCGUGCGGUGUGCCUUGGAGCCCGUGCACGUGCAGCUGAACCUGCACACGGGGCGAGUGGAGGUGGUCAACAGCACAGCACACACCCUCUCCGCCCUGACUGUCGAGGCGUCCAUCCUCCUCCCCACCGGCCACUGCCUCUGGCAUGCGUCCUCCUCCCUCGCUGCCACUCUCGCUCCCACACCUGCUUCUGACCCGCUCUCUCCGCCCUCCUCUGCCUACUCCGCCUCUCCUGUCUCCCCCUACUCGCUCACCUGCAUGCCAUUCUCUUGCACCGAGACCCAGCUUCAGGUGAACCUCCCCCGCCUCCCCUUCUCCCCUCCCAACCCACCCCCCACCGUCUUCCUCCUCCUCCGUCUGCUCCAACCCUCCCACCCCUCCUCUCCUGACCUCCACUCCUCCCCCUACCACACCUCCUCCUCUCCACACCAUCAAUCCUUUCCAUCGCCCCUAUCGUCCCCCCCUGCCACCAUAUCGCGCAACUUCUACUGGCUCACCACCCUCCCACUGGAGCCACAUCGCACGAGCCUCCCAAUGCCACCAGCACCAGCAGCACCGCCAUCACCAGCAUCACCCCCAUCGGCCCCAUCACCCCCAUCGGCCCCAUCACCCCCAUCACCCUCCUCAGCCCACAUCCCAAAUGCAUGCACCACCUCAUCCCCUUCGUCCCCCUAUCCACCCGCUUCCUUUCCCUCCGCUCCCUCGCCCCCCUUCGCCUACGUGGGUGACUUCCGUGCCCUGGGAGGGGCGUUCAGGCAGCGCAAGGUGCAGCUCUCCAUCUCCCUCCUCCACAUCUCCCCCAUCCGCUCGCCCAUUCCCCCCUCUAGCACCGCAAACCCACCAGCAGCAGGCAUCCCUCCAGGCUCAUAUGGCUGUGCUACUUCUGCUCAGGCUGCUUCUUCUCAGUCUGAUUCUGCUCAGGCUGCUUCGGCUCCUGCUCAUCUUGCUUCACCUGCCGGAUUGCCUGGGCAAGCAGGAGAGGUAGGACAGCCAGAAAAGAGGCGCAUCUGGUGGAGGGCCCACCUGCUGCUGAGCAAUCCCAUCCAUACAGGCGCCUGUGUUAGAGAACAGAGAGCAGACCCACAAGGAGGAGAGGGAGCCAAGGGGGGCAAGGGUUUUCGGAAUGAGGUUGCUGACGUUGUGAAUGAGGACGUUAAAGCUGAAGGCGUGGCCUUUUUCGCCCUCUUGACCAUGCGUCUCCGGUCAGAUAACAAGAGGGUGCUUCCUGCUGUGUUCUCUGAGAAUUACCUGUCGUUGUUACCUGGGAAGGAGGUAUCAGUGGAGGUAGAGUUUAGUCACGAGAAAUGCUUCAGGUGCAGUGAGGGGAUUUGUGCCGUCUGCUCUCACUACUCAAGCUGCAAGCUCAACAGUGGAGUGUUUGUGGAGGUGAGCGGUUGGAACAUUUCCACAUCUUCCUGUGAUAUCCCAUUGUCAAAUGGCUAAAUAUCAUCCAUAUGGUAGGUUGUCCACCGGAUUUGAAACGACAAACCGACAUGAGUAGGCAUGUUAAUUCUCAGUGCGUUGUUGACGAACCUAAAGUGUGCAUUCGUAUGGAACUACCCGAAGUUGAGGUUCCAACAUCGAGGCAGAUCUUAUUUCAGGAGGCAGCGUCACAUGAUUGUCAUGU